ACUUCUACUUACGGCAAUGCUAGACUUUGUUUCACGUUUUGGAUGUCUCUUCAAGACAGCUGUCCACAACCUCUACACUUCCCAUGAACUAGAAUUGAAACUACAAUCGUUUUGCCCUCAGUCUGCAGUCCAAGACGAGUUUGGCAAUAUGUUCUUCCUCUAUCCUAAUAUGAUGGCUAUGUCGAAUAUCUAGCCAACGAGGUACCAGUGGAAGCCUCCGUGGUCGUUGAAAUACGACUACUGAGAGUCUGAGACGUAUGAAAGUUUCAGAAUUUACCGGAUCCUUCCUGAUGGUCAGCGCGUUUAUAAAUGGACAUGAAACUGGACACAUUUUAAGAUUUGUAUAAUUUAAGUUUUUGUCAUUGACAUGACAUGUUACAUGUAUAUGUUAUUAUGUCUGUUUUUGUUCGAUAAUAUUAAACACGAGAGUAUAGCUGUUCAACUAAAAUUCCUUAGGUACACUCAGCAUGCUCAUUAAACAUGUUGCCGUAGGAUAGCGCAUGCAUGUUUUUAAUUGGGUCAGUGUAUAAAUUUCAUUCUGACGCUUUUAGUUAUGCGUCAUUCGUUGAAAAUAUAUUUUUCUCUUCCCCCGGGACAGUCAAGGGUCUCCCAAACUUGUUGUAAUAGAUUAUAAUUCUUUUUAAGCUAAAAGCUUAAAUAUUAGGCACAUUCUUGUUUUCUCUAUGUAGACUCGGUAUUUAUAUUGUUGAUGAAAACCUACAUUUUGGAGUUUGGUUUGCUGUGCAUGGCGUUUAAAAAUUUAAAAUGAGUUUCAGUAAUAUUAAGAAAUAUACGUGUAAAAUUUGUUUGCAUGAGUUGAAAUAUUUUGAAGAAUUAUUAAGACGUAUAUAUAGGUUUAGGUUAUUAUUAUGGAGAGAUGUUUUGUCGGAAGAGCUUUAUAAUAAUUUCCUGUUAUGUGAAGUUGAUCAACCAAAAAUCUGAAUACAAUAGACCUUAUGCAUAAUGACGUCAUAACACCUUAAGCGCGCGGUUAAUUAUGGUCUUUGUGGUCACAGAGCGGGAAAAUAAUUUCAAGAUGGCUACUGUCGAAAGUGAGUGUUUUGAAGUUCUUAACUGUCUUUUAAAGGCUGUUCAAGCCAACGAGGAUUCUAGUUCUUUUGAGAACUCUUGCACGGAUCCUCUGCGGUUGGAUAACUCUGAAAGUCAGUGCACUAGUCGGCUUUCUUCGUCGAAUUUUACGAGGCCAUGUGGAGGUGCUGGAGGUUAUACGUGUUGUGUUCCUGGUUGUUAAAGCAACCACAAAAGGAAUCCAGAGCUUUCCUUUUAUAGCAUUCCUAGUGGUAAAAGUGAAGAGUCGAAAGAACUUCGAAAGAAGUGGAUUAAUCUCAUUUCACGCAGGGAUUUCUCUCCUACAAUUGGUCAUAGAAUUUGUUCGUUGCAUUUUCCUGGGGGACGUAAAACCUAUUUAAACAACCUUCCUACGAUUGUUCCCAAAGCAACCAGACCUACACCAACGAAACCUCGUUCAACGGUAAAGGCAAAAAAUCGGACUCUUGUAUCAUGUACAAAAUCUGUACCUGCUAAACGCAGACCUUUUUCAGAACUUGAUGAUAACAAUAAUUCAUCACGCUCAAUAGAAGAACCAGAUAAAAUGGCUACACCUGUAAAUGAGAAUAUUGAUCCUAUUGCUUGUUUACAAGAACAAACGGAAAAACUUUUAGCAACUAAUGAGAAACUUAAGGAGGAGAAUGGAAGACUUAAAAAUGAAAAUAAAUGUCAAAAAGAUGAGAUAAGAGGAUUAACGGAGCAACUGGAACAAGAGAGGAAAAGAAUACGUUUUUCAAUUGAAUGUUUUAAGGACAAUGACAUUCUCAUUAGGUUUUAUACGGGGCUGGAAGACUACAAAACCUUCAAAACAUUGUUUGAUUCAUUUGGACCGGCAGUGAAUAAUCUGGUGUAUUAUGGUACCAAGACUGAUUUGGAAAGGUUAAGCUCUGAAGAUGUAAUUAAACGUGGACCUAAAAGAACAAAUUCACCUGAACAGGAAUUUUUCCUUGUGUUGGCUCGCUUGCGAUUGGGGCUUUUAGAAGAAGAUAUAGCGACCAGAGCUGGGUUGUCUCAAUCACAUAUGUCAAGAAUAUUUAUUACUUGGGUUGACUUCUUGCAUUCAAGGUUACGUAGCUUUCCAAUUUGGCCAUCCAGAAAAGCAGUUGAUAAUUCAAUGCCAGCUUCAUUUAGAGAUAUGUAUCCUUCGACACGAGUUAUUAUUGAUUGCACAGAAAUAUUUAUUGAAAAACCAAAUUCUUUUAGAAGUCAAAGUGCAACAUUCUCCACUUACAAAAGCCACAACACUGCCAAGGGUUUAGUUGGCAUAAGCCCAUCAGGAGCUGUCACUUUUGUAUCGGAUUUGUAUGCAGGAAGAUCAAGUGAUCAACAAAUUACUAUUGAUUGUGGAAUUCUGAACUUGGUAGAAAAUGGAGACUCAAUUAUGGCUGAUAGAGGAUUUGAUAUUGAGCACAAUUUACCAGAUGGAGUGUCACUAAAUAUACCACCAUUCAUGCGUGAGAAAGAGCACUUGUCAAUUGAAGAGGAAACCAAGACUCGAAGAAUAGCUUCUGUUAGGAUCCAUGUGGAGCGGGCAAUUGCCAGAAUAAAGAAUUUUAAAAUUUUAAGUACAGUCUUUCCAAUUUCCAUGGCAGCAAAUUUAAACAAAAUUUGGGUGAUUUGUUGUUACCUUUCUAACUUUUUACCACCACUACUUGUAGAAAAUAACAAGCUGGACUAGAUGAUAGUUUUUCUGCAAUCCUCCUUGCUUUAUUAUUUAUUCGGCCUAACAAGAUGAUUUUACCUGACAUUGACAUGGCUGGAGUUAACCUUUUAAAAGGCAACCCUAUAGCAUUUCAUUCUAUCAAAGGCUUAAAAUUUGCCCAUAAUAAAGGCUAGGUCCAAAACAUUUUCACAUUAAAUCCAUUGUAGGCUGUGAAACUUUAUUAAACUUUGUGUGUCCUACCCCUUAAUGGUUAAUCUAUUCUUUAACCCAUUAAGUGCCAGGGUUUCCCCAGACAAGUAAAAUCAUCUGGCGUUUGUUAAAAAAAAAUAAGUAGGGCGCACUGGGGCACUUUGCCAGUUAAUGAGUUAAAGGUAUUUGCAUCUAUUAUUUGGAAUUUUUAACAGAAAUAUACUAGAGUAGAGGGGUAACCUUCACCUUACUCCCAAUAAAAGCCUUUGAAAGUUUUUAGAGUGUUACAAAACUGUAACCAUUUUGUGGCUCAUGAACUCUUUAACCUAUUAAUUAAAGUGGCAAUGCACCCCAGUGCUCCCUACUUAUUUUUUUGACAAACACCAGGCGAUUUUACUUGUCAAUGGAGAAGCCCUGGUGCUUAAUGCAGUGGUGCAGCCAGCCCAACAAAUUAGUCAUGCUAUGCAAAUUUUAACUUAUUAUUCAUUUCUUUAGAAAUUGAUUGUUUUCAUGGUCUAUGAACACGAAAUUAUUUGCAUAGCAUGACCAAAUUGUCAGGCUGGCUUCGCUACUGGCUUAAUGCGUUAAGCAGCAAUGCACUCCGAUGUGCCCUAGUUUAUUAUUUUACUACAUGUCUAAUGCCAGAUGACUUGUCAAGUAGAGAGUGUUGCCACUCAAUGGGUUAAACAACAGUAAUAACGUGUUGCUUGAGGACAGGAUUUCAUUAGUCAAUGAAGUUAAUCUAGGAAAUUAGCUUCUCGAAUUAUCACAGUUGAUACAUAUACUUUACCUUGCUCCUUCAAUAUUGUCUUAAUUAAGUACUAUUUAAAGCAUGCACAGGAGUGUUUUAUCAUAUUUAAAAUGCAAGUGCGCAGCACGAGCAUUUCACAUAUGAUAAAACAGGACUACAAAUGCUUUAAAUGACCAAAAACAUGAAUACAAUAGAUGCUGUCUCAUUAGUAUUCUUUGUUGCUGAUUAGUGUGGACUGUAUAUAAAGAAUACUAAUGAAGAUGAGUUUUAUCAGGUAUAUAGCCAC